AUUUUCAUGCUCCUUCCUUUGUCAUUGUCGUUCUCUAAAUUUUUUAAUUACAUAGGAGUAGUAUUUUUCUGAGGGUAACAGUGCAGUGUUAAAUCAUGUGAAGAUAGCAACCAUCUCCUAGUGACACCACAGAAAAAGAUAUUAAUAACCGCUGAUCUAUCUUUUCCAUAUUUUUUUGUGAUCGCAAAGUUGUAACAUUGUCUGUAGUGGGAGAAACUCAUCUAUAAAAUCUCUAUUGUGGCAUUCAAGAAUCUUCAAUUCAUGGUAAGAGUUUUGCUUGUUGCAUACUAGGUAAAAGAAAAUUCCAAAUGGUAAAGAUGCCUCGUUCAGUAUCUAGGAAGAAGUUGAAGCUUGCUAGAAUUUUGGCACAAAGAAAAAGAAAUCUUGGAUCUUUGCGCAGUAUUAUUCCAGGGUGCGAGGAGGAGAAUGAUGUUGACACUUUGUUCUUGAAGACUAUGGAGCAUAUAAAAAAACUAGAACUGCAAGUUCGUAUCCUUAGAAGCCUAUCAAAUUUUUAUGGGGCAAGCUAGAUUGUGUUUCAUGGCACUGAAUAAGUUUAUUCAAUAUGCUUUUAAGUUUAAGCCUGUGUGAUGCGAGUCAUCAGUCAUGUAAGUCUAUGUUUCACGUACUAUAUAUGUAUCUUUUGUUUGGUGUUGGAUAAACAAAGCAUGUUGUGACCUGGUUUAACAUAAUGAUUAAAACUGUUACACAAUCAUGUUUUCAA